AUGGCUAAUUGGCCUGAUGAACUUAAAUUACAAUAUAUAUCAAUUCAAUUACAAGAAGAUGCUUAUCGUUGGUGGAAUCAAUCAACAGCAAAGAUUACAACUUGGUCAUGUUUCGUUGAAGCAAUUAAACAAGCUUUUGGGCCAACCAAACUGAAAGAAUUAACAUUUGAACAAUUGAGAACAUAUAAACAAGCGAUUAAUCAAUCAAAUACGCAAUAUUAUGAUAAAGUUAUUGAAUUAUGUAAAAGAGUUCAUACAUCAAUGACUGAUUCUAUGAAAUUACAAUAUUUAUUGGUAGUGGAAGAUACAUUAUCAUUAACCAAUACAGAUUACAAUUUGAAUCAAGAUGAUAAUCAUCAGAACACGAAUUAUAAUCGUCAACCAAUAACAUCAACAAUUAAUCCUCGACAAGAUGUUGAUCAACGACGUAUUGAUGUUCACCAAUCGCAACUACAAACUUCUACAUCAGUUCGUAUGAAUAAUUCUCGUAAUAAUAAUGUUUCAUAUUCUAGUUUAUCAAAAAAUACAAUGUCAAAAAAGAUCAUCAGAUGUUUGUUAUACUUGUGGAACUUCCGAACAUUAUUCACGGGAUUGUGCCCGUUCCCAUUUCCAUUAAUGGAAGCAUCGAUUGAUGGUGUUGCUUCCAAGAAUCAAUAUGAAAAUCCAUCACAACGUACUUAUGUUCCUUUAAUUUAUCUUAAUGCUUAUGCUUAUGAUAAACAAAUGAAAUUAAUGAUUGAUACUGGUACUAAUCGAACUUUUAUCUAA